AUGAAGCCCAGUAGGGAUAUCAAGUGGGCGGUGGCAUCCAUCUCGCUAGGGAAGCACCCUUCUCACACGCUCGAACGCAAGAUACAGGCAGCGGCUGCGAAUGGCUUCCAAGGCAUCGAAUUGGUCUACAACGAGCUCCUGCAACAUGCAGCAUCGCACUCGCAGUCCCCAACUGAGUCGGCUCGCCAGAUCGGUGCCUUCGCAGCGGACCACUCCAUCACCAUCCUAACAAUAAACGCCUUCAAGAACUUCGAAGGAAACCUCCAAGUCCCGCUUUCAGAACGCCUACAACACGCGCAAGAAUGGAUAGACGUCGCCCUCGCCCUCGGCACACGCAUCAUCCAAGUCCCCUCCAUGUUCCUCCCCAAUUCCACCAGCGACUCGAAACUCAUCGUCAGCGAGCUCCAGGCCCUGUCCGACCUCGCCUCACAGCACAACCUCACCAUCGCCUACGAAGCCGUGGCCUUCGCACAGCACAACGCCCUCUGGCAAGACAGCCUCCGCAUCACAAAAGCAGUUAACAGGCCUAAUUUUCAGAUAUGCUUGGACUCGUACCACGUCCACGCCCGCAUCUGGGGCGAUGCCUGCGCCGCGGACGGACGUAUACCCGGCGGCGACGAAGCGCUUAGACGGUCGAUGCAGGAGUUCCUCUCAGACUGCCCGAAAGAGCUCGUGUCUUACGUGCAGCUGUCCGAUGCGUCGAGAUGGAGCCCGCCGCUCUCGAUGAACGAUGCUGCAUUUGAGAGUCUCGAAGUACGAGAUGCGCGACUCCUGUGGUCGAGAAUCGCGCGGCCGUUUCCGCUGGAAGAGCCUGGGUAUUUUCCGGUUGUGGAUGCUGCCCGGGCAUGGUUGGUGGAGUACGGAUGGGAUGGGUGGGUUAGCCUGGAGGGGUUUUUGAAGGAGACGGAGAGGGAGGAGUGUGGGCCUGAGGUUAUGGCGAGGAGGGGCAGGGAGUCGAUUGAGAAGCUGUUGGCUCAGCUUUGA